UAAAAGUACCCUCUAAAUGAAAUUAUAAAUCAUGGAUUUUAUCAGGGUAAAAAAUAACAAACACAGUAUCAUUCAUAGAAAGUGAGUCAAUUAUCAUCGAGCACUCGUCUUUCGAUUAGUAAACCUGACGGGGCUGCGCUAGAGGGCACUGGCGAGAGUGCGCACAUGUGAGGUCGGUGCUGGAUGUACAGUACUAACUCCAGUUACCUUGUAAACACCUUACACAGAAACCGUGACAUAGAUUCGACAUACUUUGGUAAAUGACUUUGACUGUAAUAUAUCAGGCGUUAUGAAAGGUGGUGAAGCACUCCUUAAAACCCCAGCAUGUUCAGGAUAUCAACUCUUAGGCAUCUCAGAAGGCAUUAUAGUCUGGGACAGUGUUAUUCCUUACAGUACCAGAGCCCAUCCCUGACCUGGAGUAGUUCAGCUUGCAAGGAUGUUGGAAGUAUUGCUCCUCACCUAAGAGCACUGCGACUGGGGUCACUGCUGUCUUCACAAUGCAGGACUCUCAGUGUGUCAUUGACACUGCAGCAUCCCGACUGCACUGCAUCUAGGAAUAGCAGAUCACGAUCAGCACAGAGCCCCUUGGACGCCAAGUCCAAUGAGGAACGGGAACAAGAUAAUCAGGGGUUAGAAGAUUUUGGAACUCAUGCCAAAUCCUAUUCAUCCCGGAAGGUUUUCCGUAAAACUUCCCCGGAGCUGCAGAGCUUGCAGUUCAGAGACCCUGAAGAUGCUGAAGAAGAGCCCGAGGUGAAGCCCAGAGCAGUGCAGAAGAACACAGCCUACUGGUACUUCCUGCAGUGCAAGAAGCUGAUUAAAGGGGACAAGCUUGCGGAGGCCCUGGACAUGUUUCAGUCUCAGAUGCUGAAGGUGGAGCGUCUGCAGCCGGAGGAGUUCAAUUACACAGUGCUGAUCGGGGGCUGUGGCCGGGUGGGAUACAUCAAGAAGGCUUUCAAACUUUACAAUAACAUGAAGAAGCGUGGCCUGGUGCCCACGGACGCCACCUACACGGCCCUGUUCAACGCCUGCGCGGAAUGCCCCUGGAAGGACAGUGGGCUGGAGCACGCUCUGAGGCUGCAGCAGGAGCUCAAAGCCAAGAACAUCCAGCUGAAUCUCAUCACGUACCACGCCCUGCUCAAAACCCACGCGCUGUGCUCCGAUCUCAGGGCCUGCUUCCAUGUGCUCAAGGAAAUGGUGGAGAAGGGUCAUGUGAUCACACAGGAGACCUUUAACUUCCUUCUGAUUGGCUGUAUAAAGGAUAAGGAACAUGGGUUCAGGUUCGCCUUGCAGAUCUGGCGUCAGAUGUUGAAGCUCGGACGAGAGCCUGAUGCUCACAGCUACAACCUGCUGCUCCGCGCUGCUCGGGAUUGUGGGAUAGGUGACUCCUCACUGGCCUCCCGUUUGCUGCUGCAGAGCGAAGAGGAGGUCACCCCCAAAGUCACGAGGGCAGGUCAGAAGCUCAGAGGUCGAAAGGAGAGGACGAGCGAGAGAACUAUCGACGUUGAAGCUCUGGAGCAGCAGAUCUUUGUGGAUGCUCCUGCAGGGCCGGGCGUAACUGAAUUAAAGAAAGAAACUUUGGGCAAGACAUUGAAGUCCAUGACGUUAAACAGAAAAGCAGAGAAGAAUCUGAAGGAGCAAGAAGUGUCUUCAGCCCUGGUGCCUGUGAGCCACAUUGUACCAGUGGAAUCGGGUUCAAACCUAGUAGCUGGUGUCGGUGUGAAACCUCCAAACCUUCUUGAUCUGCACAUUAAUAACCCCCAUGUGGUUUCCUUGGGUACGGUGGUCACCCCCUCCGACAGGCUUGGCUUGAUGGGGAACAUGGACGGAUUCCUAGCCAAGAUGCAGGAGAGCGGGGUGGCCCCUGACAUUAAAACUCUGACUCUAUUGGCAGAAGUAGUUGAACCCAAAAGCCAGUCGGAAUCCAGCCUGUUGUCUGUGCUUGAGGAGCACAAGAUAAAACCUGAUAUCUCCUUCUUCAACACGCUGGUCAGAAAACGAAGCAAACUGGGCGACCUUGAAGGAGCUAAGGCCCUGUUGCCCAUUCUGGUUGACAGAGGUCUGGCACCCAACCUGCCCACGUUUUGUAACCUGGCAAUAGCCUGCAGGAGAAAGAAGGAUGGGCUGCAGCUUCUCUCUGACAUGAAGAUGUCAGGAGUGACCCCCAAUGCCCACGUUUACAGCGCCCUGAUUAACAGUGCCAUGAAACGACUGGACUAUGUGUACCUCACCGAGAUCCUGAGGUACAUGCAGAGCUGCCAGGUCCCUCCCAACGAGGUUAUCAUCCGGCAGCUGGAGUUCGCUGCUCAGUACCCAGCCAAAUUUGACAGGUACAAGUCAAAAAACACCUACCUGGAGAAGAUUGACGGUUUCCGUGGUUACUACCAUAGCUGGUUGAACUCCAUGGCUGCUGAGGAGUCUCCGCACCCCUGGGACAAAUACAGAAUUCCAUUGAAACCUGAGGAAGAAGAGGAUGGGGAGGAAGAAUCCACAGCAAGCAAAGGGACGCGUUGAGGAUCACUUCAAAACCUUGUACUGCUGGAGAAUACCAAUGUGUGCAAGACAAGCUACCACAAAUAGAUGGAUGGCUGGCAACUCCUUUAUUAGGCCUGUCUCCAGCAGCUUCCAUUGAAUAUAUGAAGCAAGAAGUGUAUUAUUUUAUAAAUAUGUGUUGCCUCUGUAUGGUUAAAUAAAUGACCUCAAGGAGACGGUU